UCUUCCCCCCCCCCGCCCCCACACCCACCCCCUCGUUCAAUGGACGAAAAGUGCGGCCGCGAGCAGCCCUCAGCUCCCGCUCCUCUCACCAAUGGAGACGCCCAACAGCAGCAGGCCGCCGGCGACCUAAUCACCAAAGUAAGCGAUGUCUCAGACGGUCAGAAAACGAAGAAAAAGAAGAAGAAAGCAGGUUUUGAAGAAUUAAAUGGUGAUGCUGGAUCAGAAGACGAGGUUGAACUUGCAGCAAGCCAGGAAGCUGAAGACGUAAAUUUGAUUUCUUCCAGUGCACCUAAUGGCAGGAAGCAGUUUUUAGACACUAACUUCAACCCCAGGCACACAACAAAAACUAUUGCCUAUAGCCGAGUGGGUAAUAAAACAAAGAAUUAUAAUCACAAAAACAGUAUGGACAAAAAGAAUGACAAAGUCUUUGACAAUAAGUCUAGGGAUAGCAGAUCAAUUGAAAAGAAGGAGGCAUUGUCAUUUCUCAACGGUGUUAUAACUAGCAGCUCUGGGUACAUUACAAAUGGAUUUUCUGUCAAGAAUUCAGCAGACAAUGAUGGUAGUGGAUCUGAGAGUGGUUAUACCACACCGAAGAAACGUAAAGGCAGGAGGAAUAGUGACAAAAGUAUUGAGAACUUAAAUUUAUUUCAAGACAAAAUCAUGCAGCACGAGGGGAACCCAAGUCCCCCAAAAUUGGAUCUUGAGAAUGCCAAACAUGAGGUAUCUGAGCAAAAGACGAGUCGUCUAGAAAAUGCUAAGCCCAGUGGUAGGUAUGAACUCUCAGCAGUUAGUCCAGUCACAGCUCGAGCGAAGGUGGGAACUAGUGAAACUCAACGAAAGAACUCUGAUGGGAAACCUAGUGGUGGUAAAAAAUUUGAAGACCGGCCUAAAUCAAAGUCAGCAUCUGUAACUUCAAAGGAAGACUCUUGGACACUAUUUAAACCACCUCCAGUCUUCCCAGUGGACAACAGUAGUGCAAAAAUUGUUCCCAAGAUUAGUUAUGCAAGUAAAGUUAAAGAGAACCUCAACAAAUCACCCUCAAAUCAGUCAUUGGCUGUGGACACUCAGGCACAAGCUUUAGGUCGUUUGUCACAGGUUCCCAUGUCUGCUGUGAAAGCUGUCACCUCAUCUAGCUUCUCUAAUGGUUUGGCUUCAGGAGUGACUGAUGGGCAUAUUGCUGUUUCAGGAGUCCAGACAGUUACUGCUGCUAAUACUGUAGUGCCUGCCUCAUCUGGGAGUGAGACCUCUGUGUCCCCUGAUGGCUCAGACCCAAUGGCCAUGGAACAAAGAAAGCAGGGUCUCUUUUUCUACCCUUCAAAUAUGCAAUCUGUGCUUCCUAGCACGAAGCCGGUGGAACUGCCAUCACAGACAACUCAACAAAACCUGGGGGAUAUUUUCCAGAACCAAUGGGGAUUAUCUUUUAUAAAUGAGCCAAGUGCUGGUCCUGAGCUGGCCACCGCAAGAUCUGUGGACAACCCACCUCCAGAGGUUACGUUUCAAACUGAAUGUGCUGCCUCUUUGGUUUCACAGGGUGCUGAACUGCUUUCAACAGGAUCUGAAAUUCCUGUGUUUCCAAAGGCUUAUGAAUUAGACAAACGGACUAGCCCUCAGGUUCUCAGCAGUGUCAUGAAGACUGCCACAGUGGCUGCUGGUGUUUCUGCUGAGGGCAUGGCCUUGCCUAUGGAACCACAUGUUAGUGAACUGCAAAAGAUGGCUGCUACAAGCCAAAGUGCAAUAGUUUUUGUCCCAAAAGACUUUGGGAGUGAAACACCACAACAAGCCUCUUCUACCAAUGCUUUGGUGCCAUCAGCCAAAGAACACCCAAGGUACCACAGAGGCUUUGACAGAAAAGACAGCUUUGGGUCAUUUGACUUGAAAUCUGCUGUUAUGUAUCACACUAAAGAAAUGGACUCUAUAUGGAACCUGCAUAAACAAGAUCCCUCAAGAGUAGUUACCUAUGAUGAAUCUAUGGAUCGUCCUGAUCAAUGAAGUCAGUUUGGUGAACUGCCUGUUUUCAUUGCUGCAAGCCGCUGUCUGGAUGCUCUUAUGCUCCUUUAAAAUCAUCUCUUUAGCAGUGGACCAGUUCAGGAGAAUCAUCAUAAAAAUAUUUUUUAAACAAAGGAAACCGAAUUUGAGCAAAUGCAAAGAGUGUGUCGUACAGUUCUUUUGAUGGACCCUAAUUGGGUAUUUAAUGACCUCUGGUACUGAACUUAUUACAAAACCAAGUCUGAAUGCAAUGAUCAGUGAAUAGUGGACUUUUUACCUAAGUCUGGUUCUUAAGAUCCUGCUGGUGUAACGUCAGGCUCAAAUGAACCACUGAAGGGGCUGUCCCACUUCAUAAAGGCUGCAUUUUGCUGUGAGUGCACCACGAUUCCACACGGGAAAACAGGAGGAUUAUAAAACAUUUUUUAAAACCCAAAAAAAGUAAUGCUGGAAUCAUGCCUUGAAUGCAGUUUUUCUUUUCUGCUACAAGGCUCUCGGCUUGUGCUGGGAUUAUGUUGGUCAGUUAGGCCUUGGGGAAAAUUGUCUUAAUUCAUCACUGGGAAGAAAUCAGAAAGUCACAGGCAACUGCAAUAUUAGACAACGCAGUGCUGGUUGAUCAUUGGUCAGAAAGACCAUGCUCCACGUGCAAAAGGGUGUAUCACGUGAAAUUUGUGGAGUAGUUCAACUUAGGUAUUUAAUGUUGUACAAUUCUUUCCCUCUUAAUUUUUUUUAAAUUUGCCAUUGUAUGUGUUAGAAACAUAAACUGCACUGCUUCUGCUGUAGGGGCUCUACAUUCACUGUCUUUCUCUAGAUCAUUAAAUAUUUCAAACAGUAAGUUGUUUCCCUGUUGUGCGUCUGGCCUUAACUAUUACAAAAUUAUACGUAUUUGCUUACUAUGCCCUCCUUUUCCCUUUUUAAUAUCAUCUUGCUUUUUAAAACUUUGCAUUUUCAUGCAGUAUAUACCAGAAUCAUGCAGACUAUACUGAUAAAAGAAAAAGGAAAAAAAAAAGUAGAUUUUGAAAUCAAACUAAAAUUGGAUCACCCUCCUACAUUCUUUAGCCCUGUCUAUGGGACAGUUUAAAGUUUGAGUUUAAAGAGCCAAUUUGGUUAUUAAAUUCUAAUGCAUCCUGUGUAGUUCACAGCUUUAUUGCUGCUUCUAAACUAUUAAAUAUAUAUUUUUAAUAUGAAAAAUCUGCUUGGAUUUUACAAAUCGGCAAAGAGCUUUAUGGCAAUAUUAGAAGUGAGUGAAGAGUGUACAGGCAUGGACUUCUGAACGUGCAACAGUAGUUAUUAUACACUACAGCUUGUGCAGCAUGUAAGACUAAGUGCCAGAGUGGAGAGAGAUUUUUUUUUAAAGUUCCUGUGGCUUUAUGCUGUGUCUUGCAAAGUAAAUGUUCUCAAUUUAAUUUUUGCUGUGAGAUUGUGGAAAGUGUGGUGUAACCCAGUGCUCAGCACCAGUCCUCCCCAGAUGCUCAAGCUUUUCACGUCAGUUCUGUUGUCUUGAGCACUAGACUGGAAGUGAUCCUCUAAUUUGCCUAAUAAACUAAAAUCUUACAAUGCCAAAUAUAUUUCUGCUGGUGGUCUUGUUUAAAUAAACUCAAUUUCUGGGGAGAAAUUGGUGUUCAGGCUAGCAGCCUUUUGUGUUUUUUUAGGAAAAAGUGUGCUCGCUAGACUUAAAUCUCUCAUUUACGGUAGCCAGAAUUAAACAAAUGUUUAAUGGCAUCUGGGUGCGGAUCUGUCCAGCAGUGUAAUUCUAAUUUCUGGAAAUGCUUUAAGAUCCUUUUGUGUACUGAUCUGAAAAUGCAGGAAACCACUGUCCUUUCAAAUUCUUCCAAGAGCAGAAAGGCUUGACAGUUCUUUACACUUUAGCUUGUCUGUCUAAUAUUUGUGCUAGUUUAAAUACAAACAUCAUUAAUGGUUUGCGGCUUGACCAAUAAUGUCAAAUAAUAUACACUGACAGUUAAGUACACUUCAGAACAAUUCAACAUAGCAGGCAGUAUUUUUUUUAGAAUUUCAACUGUUGCUUACUUUCUGCAGAUUGCUAGUGAAAAAUUUUCAGUGACUUGCAUUGAAAUUUUUACUUGCAGUUGCUGAACUGGAAAAUGUCAUGCCUUAGGAUUAAAUUUUAUUCAUGCCAUCAGUUACUGACUUCUAAUGGCUAUUAAAGCUAGUUUAUAAUGACAAAUCAAUAAGUUGGUUAUCAAUCCCUGGAAUGAGUGGUUUGGCAGUCCAGUACAUGUUUGGUACUGUAGAAUAUUCUGGUUAUCUAAGGCCACAGGACCACUGGGUAGUUCCACCCAGAUUUUGUUACACUUCCCCUUUCUGUGCUGUCUUGUGAUCUCUCACUUGUGUUCCCCCACCCCCCCAUCUCGAUUCUUCAAUAAGCACUUAAAAUUUCUUAACUUUUUAAUCUGUUUAUAUUUUUUUGGAUAGGCAUGUAAGUUUUAAGUACAGGUCAAUCAAUUGUGACUAAUUAGUACAGUGAAUGCUAAUGUGUUACUAUUGUAGGUAUAACAUUUUCCGCCUCAAGUGUUAGUACUGUAGCAUAAACCAAAUACAGUGUAGACUGUGGUGCCCCCUUCUGUGAAGAGACUAAAAACAUGGGAAGAGGGACUGAAUGAAUGUGAGAGAGAUCUAUACAGUAUCUGGUGCAUUUAUUAGUAUUCAAAAUAAGAACUUAAUUUAUUUUGUGCCAUGUGUUGAUUUCAUUUCAUUGAGUAACGAUCAUCAUAGAGGUCUAAUUAUUGCAGAAUGGCACUAAGCAAGUAAGAUAGCAUAGGUUCUUUUAAAUUGUUGUUGCUAAGAUACAAACUAAUCAUGGUUCAAGUCUUUGAUACCUGUAUUGUUUUUUAAAUAAAUCAUUUUUGUAAUGUUAUGUCAGUCCAGCUGUAGGCCUUGCAGGUCAGCCUUUUUUCAUUCCAGUUCCCAUGUAGUGCCCCCUUCUCCUCACACAAAGGCUGCCAGAACCUCAGGGAGUUAAGCUAGGCUGUCAACAUGCAUGUGUGCUCCAUAUUCCUGCCCACGGUCAUUUGAAGAAAUUUCUCCAUAUUCCCCUAAAUUUCAUGUUUCAUAUGUUUACCAUCAAAACCAAUGGCAUGUAUGGUUACCAGGGCUUAUCUUAGUUUGUGGUUAAUUAUUGCAAGUCUUGUCUGUAUGCCACCAUGAAAUUACAUGUAUUUUUAAAUGCUUGCUAUUGUUACUAAUUAUGUUAAUUUAAAAACAAAAAAUUAAAAAAAAAACUCGUGUGUAA